UGGAUGUUUUCGUUCGAAGUGGCGUGUUAUUGUUGAUAUCGAUAUGAGUGAACCCCAUUUACCUAUAAUAUCAUCUUUAUCACAAGAUUUACAAACACGAGUGUCAUCUUCAAGCACAUCAAGAUACUUAAAGGUUUUUGAAGAAGAAUUUGAUUGUCGUAGUAGACAUAGUGUUAAUAGAUUAGAUCGAAAG